ACUCAUCUGGUACAUCAUGGAUCAUUUGCUGGACCAGUAAUUGUGUCUCUAUUUCAGAUAGGCAAAAAUGGGAUGUAUUUUGGCGUGGGCUUCGAAUACUUUCCUUUCCAUUGCUGCCAAUUACGUGGAAGAAGGAGUAAAAGCAGCCAUAAAUCAAUUUCGCUACAUGUGCUGUUUGAAGAAAUUUCAACAACAGCUUGAUCAAGAAGAACACGCACUGGAUGUGGUGCAACAAGAGGUUCAUCGAUUAGUUGAGGAAGACAGAAGGAGUACCAAGGUUCCUGAUGAACCUGUUGAAGAUUGGAUCAAAAGAACCAAUCAAGCCAUAGAAGAUGCUCAUCUUCUACAGAAUGCAAUUAAACAAGAUAAGAAGUGCUUUAAUAGUUGGUGUCCUAAUUGGGCUUGGCGAUGGAGUAGAAGCAAGGAAGCUGAAGAUCUGACUGGAACCCUAAAAAAUCUCAAGGAAGAGCGCAGCACAUUCCUAAAGCUAACCCAUGAUGUUGAUCUCCCUAACAUUGAAUUCAUUCAAUCCAAGGGUCUGAUCCUCUCUAAAGCUUCUGAAGCAGCUCUUUGUGAGAUUUUGAAAGCGCUGGAGAAUGAUGGGGUGCAUAUGAUAGGGCUGCACGGUAUGCCGGGAGUGGGUAAAACCACCCUGGCAAUACAAGUGAAGGAGGAGGCUGAGAGACGGAAGCUUUUUGAUGAAUUUGUGAAGGUUACUGUGACAGAGAAACCAAAUAUGAGUGCUAUCCAAGAUCGAAUUGCACAGCAGCUGCACCUGGAUUAUGGCAAUAAGGAAAAUAGCAUAAAAGAGAGAGCAAGCAAGUUAAUGUUGCGACUGCAGGAUGAGAAGAAGAAGCUUAUAGUGUUGGAUGAUGUUUGGGGAGAGCUUAAUUUGAAUGAAAUUGGGAUACCAUCUGCUGAGAAUCUUGGGAAUUGCAAAAUUCUGCUAACAACACGCCGAGUUCCUGUUUGUGAUGCUAUGAACUGUCGGCCUAAGAUUCUGCUGGAUAUUUUAACUGAAGACGAAGCAUGGGUUUUAUUCAAAACAGCUGCCAAUCUAGAGGAUGACUCCACGGCCUUGAGCAAUGUGGCAAAGAGGGUAGCAAAAGAAUGUGGGCGUUUGCCUGUAGCGAUUGUGUCAUUAGCCAAGGCCCUCAGAGGUAAAUCACUUCAUGGAUGGGAACGCGCAUUGACAAAGCUUCAAGAGGGAGAACAUCUAGAAAUUCGAGAUUUGAGCAGAGAAGAAAACGCUUAUAAAAGUCUCAAGUUCAGUUUUGAUGAAUUGCCACGAGAGGAAACCAAGAGAUGUUUGCUGCUAUGUUCUCUGUAUCCAGAAGAUCAUGAAAUUUGUAUUGAAGACUUGUCUAGAUAUGCGUUUGGGUUGCGGCUGUAUCAACGUGCACGAUCACUAAAAGAUAAUCUGAGUGAAGUUGUGGACGCACUUGACGAGCUCAGAGAUUGCCAUUUGUUGUUAGAAGCUGGAAAGGAAGGACACGUGAAAAUGCAUGACUUGGUUCGUGAUGUUGUCCUCUUGAUCGGGAAAAGUUAUUCAGUCGCCGGAGAGUCGAAAACAGAGAAGGAAUUCAUUGUGGGGGGCGGUGUUGGGUUUGAAGAGUGGCCAACGGAUGAAAGCUUCAGGGAAUGUGCAGCUAUUUCCUUGUUGGACAAUGAAAUAGAUAGACUUCCCGAUCAAUUGGAUUCUCCAAAGUUGGAAAUUUUGUUGUUGGCUAGAAGGGCAUAUAGUACAGAGGGGUAUUCCAGUUCUCGAGACAAGUUUACAAAUAUUUCAGAUAAAUCUUUUCAUGGAAUGGAAAUACUGCGGGUUCUAUCUUUAACCCGUGUGAUCUUGUCAAUACGGUCGCUAGAAUGCUUAACAAGCCUCCGGACUCUGGAGCUGAGAUAUUGCAAAGUCUCCGACCUUGAUUCAUUGCAAAAUUUGAAGACACUUGAGAUCCUUAGUCUUUUUGGUUCUUAUGUUGUGGAUAUACCAGAAGAGAUAGGAGAGUUGAAGAACUUAAAACUGUUGGAGUUAACAGAUUGUUAUCCAGGUAAAAUUCCUUCAAAUUUGAUUCAGAACUUAUUCAAACUUGAAGAAUUAUACUUGGGUUCCUAUGAAGAAUGGGAGGAAACAGACAAUGCUAGCCUGAUGGAGUUGAAUUCACUGCGGCACUUGACGACUCUGUCACUGACACCGCGUGCAAUUACUGGAGUUCCAGAAAACUUUGCUCUCCCCAAGAACUUGACCGAGUAUCAUAUUCACAACUGUGAUUGUGAAUACCCGUCCUUCCCGUCAAGGCUUAGAUACCCGGCAUCCAGAACGUUAUGCUUAAUUCCAACUGAACAAACUGUUCGUGCAUGUAAGGAGUUGUUCAAGAAUGUAUAUGAUCUUCGAAUGGAUUACAACCCUGGAAGAUUCAAAAACAUGACGCCAGACAUGUCUGAAAUGGGCUUCCAAGAUCUGUCUCGCCUUGAAAUUCAUGGUUAUGAAUUGGAAUGCCUUGUUAGUACUACAAAGCAGAAAAAUAUCGCAGCAAAGACAUUUUCAAACUUGGUGGAGCUAAAUAUCGACGCCGUAGCAUCACUGAAUGAACUAUGUGAUGGUUCGCCACCAGAGGGGUUCUUGGAGAAAUUACAGAAACUAACUGUUAAGGAAUGUGAAAAAAUUAUCACCAUAUUUCCAACGAAGUUGUUGCAAGGAAUGCUAAAAUUGGAAAGUGUUAUAAUUGAAGAAUGUGAGAGUCUGCAAGAUGUAUUCCAACUGGAUGGAAUGGAUGACGCAGAGGAGUGCCUUUCACACCUAACAACGUUAGAGCUGAUAUGCAUGGAUGCAUUGCUAUGCAUAUGGAAGGGGCCGACCCACCAUGUAAAUCUCAGAAGUCUCACUCGUAUCACUCUUUGGGACUGUGGAAGCCUGAAAUCUGUUAUAUCACCGUCCCUUGCUCAAACUCUGGUGCACCUGGAAAAACUUGACAUAGAAAGUUGUGGUCAGCUUGAGCAUAUUAUCUCAGAGAAAGAUGAGGAUGGGAAAGAAACAUUUUCGAAAACUAGACCUCAACAAACCUGCCUGCAAAACUUAAAGGAAGUCCAUGUAAAAGACUGCGAGAAAUUGGAAUGUGUAUUCCCUUUGUCAAUUGCUCGUGGCCUCUUGCAGCUUGAAGUGUUGAAAGUAUCUGAUUGUGCACAAUUAAUGCAAGUGUUUAGUGAUGAGGAUGGGAACAUAUUCCCUUACCCAACAGAAUUAGAACUUGAAGACUCAUCCAAAGUUGGCUACUUGUUCUCCAGUACUUCUGCUGUGGUACUGCCAUAUUUGAGCCAUGUGAAAAUUCAUAAAUGUCCUAAGUUGUUGCUGCAUUCAGUUGUGCAAAUUUCUCCAAAGGUCUCAACAAAUUCAGAACAGUUGAUAGUUGCAGACACAGAAAGACUACCAUUGGAAAUUCUAGAUUUAAAAGGAUGCUCUGAGUUGGUGGGCAUUGUUGCUAAGGAAAACGAUUAUAACGUUGAAAAGGAAGAAAUCUCAUUGAACACUCCCUUUCUAUCUGUGUGUUUCACUUCCUUGAAAAAAAUUCAGAUUGUUGAUUGCAACAAAUUGAAGAUUCUGUUGCCAAUAACAGUUGCUCGAGGUCUGCGACAUCUAGCAGAGCUUCACAUACAAGCAUCCCACCAAUUAGUGGCAAUCUUUGGAUCUGAAGAACAAACAGAUAUCAGUAAUAUGUCAGAGAUUGUGCUUCCUGAGCUCCUGAAAUUACAUCUUGAAGAAUUAUCAAGCCUUAUCAGUUUCUGUCCAAAAGAAUAUCAUUUCGUAUUCCCAUCUCUGGAAGUGUUAAAGGUGAAAACAUGUCCUGAGAUGACAACGAUCUUUACUGCUGCAAGAGAUGCUUCUGUUCACGCCAAAUUUGAGGCACAGACAACAAGUGGAGAUUCAGCAAUAGAGUCUGCAACAACACAAGUACUGGUUGUUCCACAUUCUAAUGACUCAGACUGGACUCGUUGUGAAGGAAAAUGGAUUUCGAAAGCGGAAGCUGAAAAGAAAGAAGAAGAAGAAGAAGAAGUGGAGGAGGAGGAGGAGGAGGAAGAAGAAGAAGAAGAAGAAGAAGGAGGAGGAGGAGGAGGAGGAGAAGAAAACCUUAAUAAGGAAAAUGGAUCAUAACUUCUACCUCCAUGGUAUGAAGAGUUGGUGCGACUUUGAGGGUCCUCUUCUUUACACGUACUCAAUAAGGAGGUUGAUGUGCUUUGCCUGCUGAACAUAUGUGCUGCGGACUUAAACUCUGUGUGUGCUGUGUGCUGUUCAUUUAAAUAUGCGAAUGAAGAUUAUUUUGUAUACGUUUUAACAGAGACCUAGUUUUGUGUUUUUUUUUUAUUGGCACAAUCUCUCAUUUUUUAGCUCCUAGAAAUUAAUAAGGACAUGUCUACGUGUGUCUUGUGUGAACACUUUAAGUUGCUUUUCAAUCUUUUCUUUUAAAAAAAUGGUUUGUGAGAAAACUAGUUUC